CAAGUUCGCCAAAAUAUCAAAUCAAAUUAGAUUUUAGCAGUAUAGAAUGGAGUCGGGAAAGACAACCAAGGGCUCCAGAGGAAGGAAAGGAGGCGACAAGAGGAAGAAGUCAGUGACCAAGUCUGCCAAAUCCGGCCUCCAGUUUCCUGUCGGCAGGAUCGCUAGAUUUUUGAAGAAAGGCCGUUAUGCUAAGCGUAUUGGCGCCAGUGCCCCUGUCUACCUAGCUGCCGUCCUUGAAUACCUAGCAGCCGAGGUUUUGGAACUAGCCGGAAAUGCUGCUCGAGACCACUUGAAGAGGAGGAUUAACCCUAGAAAUGUUCAAGUGGCCGUGAGGAACGAUCGAGAACUAGGGGAAUUGUUUGCUGGUGUGACAAUUCCGAGUGGAGGUGUUAUGCCGAACAUCCACUCAGCCAUGGUGCGGUUAUGGCCAAGAAAACUACAAAAGUCUCCCAAGUCUCCUAAGAAGGCCUAGUUUCAUAUUGAUUUUUACUUCUCUCGAGUCUUGUUUGAAUGUAGAUAAUCUGCCAAAUAACGAGAUCAUACAUGUAUAGGAUAUAUGGUCGUGUGUGGUGUGUUGUAUGACUUGUAUCUAUCUAAUCAUGAAUUAGUUUUAUUCUUAAAACAUAAAAUAGCAAGGCUGGAGUUUGUUUACGGAUAAA